CAGCAGACAACAGAAGAUAAUAUGCGUUGAAUACACAGCAUUCAUACAGACAAGGCAGUAACAAGAUUUCAAAUUUUAAGGUUUUUAAGGCUGAAUCACAGAAACAUUAUAUGGUAUAUACUUUAUAUAAAAACAAAGUUUAAGAAAAUUGAAUAAUUUUUACAUGGACCUUGAAAUACAGAGUGCCUGACUUCAGUGUAAAAAAAUUACACAAUUCAUUGGAGAUGGCUCACACCUGGUUGCAAGUUACUGUUUUAAUUCUGACUGUGAUUGCAACAAAUAAUACAUAUGCUGCUGAAAUCUCUUUUCCUGAUCAUGUGACUAUAGAUAUGGAGGGUGAUAAUGCUAUGUUCCAAUGUUCUUUAACUUUAACGUCUGGUGAAGCUGGUAAUUCACAUGGAAUACUUUGGAUAAAAAAUGACACCAUUGUAAUAGCUACUAGUGACAGCAUAUCAGACGCCAGCGGAAAAUAUGCACUUGAUGGAUUUUCAACUGCAAUGAAUACAGCAUUGAGCCAAACACUGAAAGUUACAAACACUGAUAUAUCUGAUCUUGGAACAUAUCAAUGUAUUUUUAUUCUAAACACUCAACGAACAAAUGUCAAGGCAUCUGCUAGAUUAUACAUUAGGAAUUUUGUUCCUCCACCAACAUGUCCUAAUCCUACACAAACUAUAGUGAUGCCUAACGACCAAGUAACAUUACGAUGUACUGCAGAUCCUGGUGAUCCAGCAAUACAGAUGAUGUGGUCACCAGCGAAUAGUGGAGGAGUCAGCUUAGCAAGUUCCACUCAGCAAUUUAAUAAUCACUUGAGUCUGGAAUACAUACUGAGUGUGCCCAAUAAUGUUCAGGGUGUUAUUUCUUACAAUUGCCAUACAUUUAUGCAAGGCAGUGGUGUAACAAAAUCAUGUACAACAUCCUUACUGGUGUUAACAGCUCAAGUAAAGCUUUUGAUUUCGCAGUCACCUGAGAUGGUGAUGGCAGGGCAAGAUGUAAAUUUCAUCUGCUUUGUCUCAGAUGGACAUACUCCCGCAUCAAUAGCAUGGUCAUUCCCUAAUUCAGGUACCAUUGUCCAUAGUACUGCAGGCAGUACUCUGAGCAUUUUCAAUGUUCAGUCUAGCUAUGAUGGACUGAUAGUGACCUGUACAGUUAAUACAACUGAUGGGCAGCAAGAGAGUGAAACAGCUGUACUUAAUGUGAUAGCGACAACAGCAACAGCAACAACACUAACUCAGCACACAACAACAUUAACUCAACACACAACAACAACCACCACAACAACAAUGGUUCCAACACAGACAUACACAAUGACACCAACUGCUUUGUGGAUAACCUUAUCAACUGAUCGUCAACAAACAUUGUUAAGUGACGGUACGUCAAGGUCACAUGACAUCACAAGAAACCAAUCAGUCUCACCAUUGAAUGAAAAAGGCGAUGAAUCGCCCCUGAGUACCAUGCUCAUAAUAAUUAUUGCAGUCUGCGGAUCUAUUUUUCUGGUGUUUGUCACUUGUAUUAUAGUAAUCUGCUGCUUUUUAAAACCUCAAGCUCCGAAGUCUGCACACGAUAUUAAUUUUCACAUGGAGUAUUAUAAGAAUGUUAAUGUGGAAGAUGAAUUGAAAGAUAACAUGGCAGUAACAGAAAUGGAAAUUGAUAAUAGUGCAAGAAAUGAUUUUUCUGAACCUACAUACAUAAAUUAUGACCUUGAAAGUGAAGAAAAAGUAAAUGAAAUUUACUACUAUAAAGACGAUGGUUGGAAACCUCCUGCCAUUUCUAAUCAAACUACAACUCUCUAACAGAUACAGUAAUUGAAAAA